AUGACUUCCGACCAGGGGCCACGACAACCUUUGAAGAAUGCUCAAGAUUGUUUCACUUACUCGUGGCCGAUCAAGAAUUUUAACGAACUUGUGAGCUUUUAUCCAAGCUCUCAUUUUGUUCUUAGUGAGAGAUUCUGGUCACCGCGCCUCCCUUCGAAGAAUCCUUAUUUAUGGCGUGCAAAACUAUACCCUAAUGGUGUUAACGAACAAGCUAAAGCAUAUAUAUCCUUAUAUCUCGUAGCAAUUCAAACACCAUAUGAAAAAUCAAAUAAUAUAACUUGUAGAGAGAAGCAAUUCCGUCUAGAGGUUUUUCGCUUGUACACUGAUACCACCACAUCCAUACAAACCCCAGUGCUUAUUCGAAAUGAGACUUUUACGAUGAAAUUCGAGUUUGAAGGUUUAGAUGACUUUGGUCGACAUCGUUUCUGUUCUUUUGAUAGUUUAUUUCCUAAUGGAGAUUUGAGUGACGAUGUUGACUUGUUAAUACGUAUCAAGAUUUUCAAUGAUGUCCCCCAAGAAUGCGAGGUGCCAAUUGAAUCUGAUGUAUUUGAAUUCCCAACAUUCGCUGAGCACUUGAACGAUUCACGAUAUAGCGAUGUAGAGUUUACGUUCGACUGUGGAAAUCGUAUCAAGGCUCAUCGGAUAAUUCUAGCAACAAGAUCGAAAUAUUUUGAAAAGUUGUUGGGAGACAAAUGGAGAGAGUCACAGAUGAAGGCAAUAGCAAUAAAACAGAUGGAAUAUACGACAUUUCGUUCAGUUCUCUAUUAUCUAUAUACUGGGGGACUGGAAGAGGAUUUACAAUUCGAUGUGCUGAAAGACGUUUAUUCCAAGGCCGAUAUGUUGAAUCUUGAAAAAUUUGGUGAAAUGGUAGCCGACAGAAUUGCAGAGAUGGUUGAUUUAAACAAUUGGAAUGAGGUUCUUACAUUAGCUUGGGAAGUGGGCGAUUCUCAAUUGAGGGCGGCUGCAUUAGAUUUUGCGGUCGCUAAUUGGUCAGACAUACGAGAUAGUGAGAAUAUGCGGAAAAUAAUGGCAUGCG